AGCUGAGCUUCUUCUCCACAGCUAAAGCAGAACACACAGCAGCAUCAGACUGAGCCCUGAGAGGAGCAGGGAUGAUCUGGAGAGUUACAGCACUGACUCUGCUCUAUUCAGCGGUCCUCAGUGAAGCGCUCACCUUCUACAGACCUCUGUUUCACCAACAGUCCAGAAACACCAGGAGAAGACGAGACAGCUGGGCGGUCACUUCCAACUUCGUGGAGUGUAAGAGUCCGGUCAGCCCUAAAGAGCACAAGGUCCUGGACACGAACACCUACGAGACAGGGUUUCAUGGAGAUGAUGGCUUUACUUUUAGUCUCACCUGGGUAGGGGAUGGGACUGGGGUUAUUCUAGUGCUGUCCACAGUCAGUUCUUCACUGGAGUCAUUUUAUGAAGGAGGCUACUCUCGAUUAUACAGGAGUGAAGACUAUGGAAAAGCCUUCCAUGAUAUUUCCCAUGCAGUUAACCAUACCUUCAUAAAGAAGGACUUUGGCAUCUGUGCAGGACCUGGAAACUCUCAGCAGGUAAUUUUAAUAGCCGAACUGCCAACUACUCACAACCCAGGAGGUGUCAUAUUUACAUCAGUGGAUGCGGGAGUGACUUUUAAAUCAGUCCAGCUGCCCUUCCAUCCAGCGCAGCCAAUAUCAUUUCAUGACAAGAACAAGGAAUGUCUGCUGGUCAUUGGCACAGAUGGUGGUUUGUGGCUCUCUCAGGACUUUGGCAAAAAAUGGUCUAAAAUUCAUGAUGGAGUGUACUCUUUUACAUGGGGACCAGGCAACACCCUGUUUUUCAGCUACAGCCCUAAAAACACAGUGGACGCAGAUAAACAAGGAAAACUUUUGCUGAGACGUACACAAGACCUGGGCAGAACUUUUACUACCAUUUCUCAGAACAUCUUCACAUUCGGCUACAUUGGAGGCUUCUUAUUUACCUCUGUCUUGGAGAAGCAGGGUUCUCCACGGGUUAUCUACGUGUCUUCAGACCAGGGAGAAAAUUUCAACAAAGCUCUGCUGCCAACCGCCACCUCAGAGCAGUUCUACUCUCUUUUGGACGGUGAUGAGGACAUGAUCUUUAUACAUGUGGACAGCCCUGGAGAAAACUCGCAUUUCGGGACGAUCUAUACCUCAGAUGACCGUGGCAUCCUGUACUCCAAGUCACUGGAGCGACACCUUUUUGGUAUGGAAAGGAAGAGUGACUUUACCAAUGUGACAUCACUGAGAGGAGUCUACCUUACCAAUGUCCUGAAGAAAGAUGGAAGAAUUACCACGGUCAUCACAUUUAAUAAAGGUGGAGAGUGGAUACCACUAAGAAAGCCACAGAAUGUUGACUGUGGAAGAAAUGUUAAAAAGUGUAACCUACACAUCCAUGGAGAGCACUGUCACUACAGCGGUAUUUCCCCCAUGGUGCCUCUGACCGAUCCUUCUGCUGUUGGCCUCAUCAUUGCUCAUGGUAGUGUUGGGGAUUCAAUCUCAGCAUCUAAGCCAGAUGUGUAUGUAUCCUCGGAUGGGGGUUACAACUGGAUCGGCACACUGAGGGGGCCUCACUUCUACAGCAUACUGGAUUCAGGGGGCCUGUUAGUGGCUGUGGAGGCUCACAAAGACCGGCCAGUUCAUGUCAUAAAGUUCUCCACAGAUGAGGGUCAGUGUUGGAAGACUUAUAAUUUUACUACGCAUCCUUUCUUUAUUGCCGGCCUAGCAUCCGAGCCUGGAAGUAAGACCAUGAACAUAAGUGUGUUUGGAUACCGACCUGAUGACGACGAUCAGCCCAUGUGGGUUGCAGUUACCAUAGACUUUGAGAAGCUGCUGACCAGAGAGUGUGGAGAUGAGGACUAUACGGAGUGGCUGGCCCAUUCCGACUCAUCAGAGACUGCUGGGUGUGUCUUAGGCUACAAGGAGACGUUUAGGAGAUUAAAAAUGAUGUCCGUCUGCAGGAAUGGUCGAGACUAUGUGGUCAGCAAGCAACAGAUGCCAUGUCCCUGUACCAGAGAAGAUUACAUGUGUGAUUAUGGAUACUAUCACAAUGAAAACAGCUCUGAAUGUGUGCUACAGGAGGGCUUCAUAGACAAGACACCGAAGAACUGCGUAGAAUCGGACAAGCAUCAGAUAACGGGGUAUCGAAAGAUCCCCAGUGAUAAGUGUGAAGGAGGUUUCAGCCCCCCACAUCAAAAGAUUCAUUGUGGGAACUCCAGUAAUACUUCCAACUCAACCCAACCUUACGAAGGAACAAAGGAAGUGUGGUUGCAGAUUGUAAUGGGCGUCAGUGUUGGGAUCGUACUGCUGGCCAUCGUUGUUGCAGUUGCUGUUACAGCCCACAGAAGGAAAUACAGUCAAAGGUCGACAGCAUACCGCUUCUCUGCACUCCAGCUGCGUGAAGACGGGCCCAACAUGGAAAGUGCACCAAACAGUAACCGAGCCAGCUACCAAGAAGAUUCAGAUGAUGAUCUUAUUGAAUGAGCAGCUUUGAACUCUUUGAGACUUCAGCCUGGUCCUUGACAUUUUUGCACUUAUCCAAAUCCAAAUCCAAAAUACAAAUACAAAAUAUACCUUCAUCCUGCAGAUCAUAGAGGCACUGGAACAAGAAUAGGAAAAAUGUUGCAACAAUGUGCCACAUUAUUUAUUACCAUGUAUCUGUUUAGUUUAGAGCCUCUGAGGUGACACUGUGGUUAUCUGUAAUAUGGCAUGGCCAAAGGAUAAUAUAUUAAACUGAAAAAUAAUAUAUAGAGACCACAGGAUAUUAUAAUGAGGUCAAGAAAAUAUAUAUUGAGGACACAACAUAAUAUAUGGAGGCUACAAAAUAAUAUAUGGAGGCCACAAGCUAAUAUAUUUAAGCCACCAGAUAAUAAACAGUGGCUUGCAAAUGUUUUCACAUUUUGUUACCUUACAACCACAAACUUAAAUGUAUGUUAUUGAGAUUUUAAGUGAUAAACCAUCUACAUUUAGCAUAUAAUUGUAAAGUGGAAUCAAAAUAAUACAUGUUUUUUACAUUUUUAAUUAAAAAAAAACAAUUAAAAAUCAAUGAAAACCGAGUGCAAUUGAUUGCCUUCAGAAGUCACUUAAUUAGUUAACAGAGUUCAGCUGUGUGUAAUUAAGUUUCAGUAUAAAUACAGCUGUUCUGUGAAGCCCUCGGGGGUUUGUUAGAGAACAGUAGUGAACAAACAGCAUCAUGAAGACCAACGAACUUACCAGACAGGUCAAAGAUACAGAUGAAGAGAAUUUGUUGCUGAAAGAAAGACAUAAGAAGUGCCUUUUGCACAAGCCAUGUACAGUAGGCCACACAGCAAACAUGUGAAAUAAGGCACUGUGGUCAAAUAAGACCAUUUUAUAUUCAGAAGGGACCGGAAAGCUGGUCAGAGUUAGUGGGAAGAUGGAUGCAGAUAAACACAGGGCAAUCGUGGAAGAAAACCUGUUGGAGGUUGCAAAAGACUUGAGACUGGGAAGGAAAUUCACCUUCCACCAAGACUAUGACCCUAAACUUACUACAGUGGAAUGGGUAGAUCAUAGAAUAUCCAUGUGUUAGAAUGUCCUAACCUAAAUACCAUUGAGCUUCUGUGGCCUGACAUAAAACUGUUGUUUACAGACAUUCUCCCUCUAACCUGGCUGAGCUUGAGCUAUUUUGCAAAGAAGAAUGGGCUACAAAUCUCAGUGCACAGAUGUGCAAAGCUGGUAGAUACAUACCCCAAAAGACCAUUAGCUUUUAAUUUCAGCAAAAUGUGGUUUUAAUAAGUAUUAAUAUAGGAGGGUGAAUACUUUUGCAUGUCACACUUUUCUGAUUUUUAUUUGAUUUAGAUUUUGAAAACCAUAUAUCACUUUUGUUCCACUUCUAAAUCAUGUGCUACUUUGUAUUGGUCUAUCACUCAAAAUCCAAAAAAACAUUUAAAUGUGUGGUUGUAAGGUGCAAGGCGUAUGAAUUCUUUUGCAAGCCAUUUUACAUUGAUCAGGAAGUGUUAUCUCGCGGGACAGCUUGGGAAUGCCCACGUCUGUAUAAGUUGUGAGGUGUUAUCUUGUGAGUGAGGUUGAACUCUGACAGGUAUGGUCAUGGCAACCUGAAUUACUGAAGUUUGAGUGGGUGACUUUUGGCAUGUCAAUUUAUUAAUUUAAUUUUCAAUAAAUUAAUAAGUGUCCUCAGUGGAUUAUUUUUUUAUGAUAAUUAUUUAUUUGAACUUGUGUUUUUUCAGUUCUCACUUAUAAUAAGCACUUCCUCCAUGACACAAAGCUAUCAGUAUUGGGAGGGGGAAGGGUAGCAUGUGCUUCUCCUCAGGCACAUCAAGCCAGCCAAUCGUAUCUUUUUAAAGUGCUGCAUUAAACUCAACCUCACUGGGUGACGUGGAGAGGGGGGGCCAUCUUACCCACACAGACUGAGCAAAGACUUUCAUGAUCUUCACAUUCCAGGCCAUGGGUGGCUGUGGCAUCAUUAGGGAUAGAACCUGCAAACCUUAGGCCAUGCCUAAUUAAAAUAACCUGUAUUUUAGUUUUAUUUCACUCAGUAAGCACUGGAUACUACUAUACUAUAUUUUCAUUUGCCGUGAUUUUAACUCUCUCAUUACCCCACCUUUAAAGCUGCUGCUAUUAAAGUUUUCCUGAAAACAUGCUUGACAAGAGUGGAGAAUAAAGAUUUCUGCUAUUGGUUAUCUGUCAUGAAUUUCAAAUAAACUUUCUAAAAAUAA